AUGGACCAGGGUCAGAGCUCUGCUUCAGAUGCUACAUCCUCUCAGCUUUCCGAGCGUAGACACGGUGCUAACCCCCGAUGUCACUGUACCGGCAAAGUUUCCAAAUCAUGGACUAAUAAGAACCCUGGAAUGAGAUUUUACAGGUGUGUAGUUCACGGCUUCAUCAGUUGGGUCGACACGGAGGAGCCCGCCGGCUGGAUGAAGAUAAGUUUGCUCGAGGCUCGUGACCAGAUUCGCCGUCUAGAAAACGAAAUCAAGAUGUUGUUGGAAACUAACAACGAUCUCAACUCCCAAAUGGCGCGUAUGGUCGACUCAACCAACUCAGUCGCAGAGCUUACAGAGUCCUUUGCGAUAAAAGCCGAGGAAAGCAAAGCCCUUCAGCUUGAGCUGACGAAGACAGUCGAGCGAGAGAGACUCCUCCGGCAAUUCAUGGUUAUUUCGUGGGUUGCGUUUGCUGCAUUGACCGCAGUCAUCGUCACCAUGGUGAAGAAAUAA